CCCGGCGGGGCUGAGCAGGGGGCGGAGGCGGGCUGCCGAGCUGCUGCCGUCACGCGCGCCUUUUCCCUCAGCCCUUCGCCGAGCAGCCGCGGCGGCCCCAGCCCGGCUCCCACGCCCUCCCCAGCCGGGUGGCGGGCGGCAGCGCCAUGCAGCCUCCACCCCCUCCUCCUCGCCGGCUCUGAGUCCAUGCCAUGCUGCUGCCGCCGCUCCUGCCGGCGCUGCUGGCCGCCUGCCUGCCCCCCUGCCAGGGCUGGAGCCCCGCCGCGGCCGGCGGGGGGCAGGAGGAGCCCGAGCUCUUGCUGCCCCCCAUCAACUCCUCCUCGCGCUCCCUGGCCAGCCUGGAGCGCGACCUGCGCGGGAUGGGCGGGCAGGCUGAGGCGGGCAGCCCCAGCCGGGAGCCGCCUCCUGCCGCCGCCGGCCCGCAGCCGCCCCAGCCCCCCGAGGAGGCGCCCUGCAACAUCAGCGUGCAGAGGCAGAUGCUGAGCUCGCUGCUGGUGCGCUGGAGCCGCCCGCUCGGCAUCCCGUGCGACCUGCUGCUCUUCUCCACCAACGGCCACGGGCGGGCCUUCUUCUCCGCCGCCUUCCACCGCGUGGGGCCGCCGCUGCUCAUCGAGCACCUGGGGCUGGCGGCGGGGGGAGCCCAGCAGGACCUGCGCCUCUGCGUGGGCUGCAGCUGGGUGCGGGGGCGCAGGGUCGGGCGGCUCCGGGCAGCGGCCGCCGCCGCCUCCUCCUCGCUGUCCGAGCCCGGCCAGUACUGGCUGCAGGGGGAGCCGCUGAAUUUCUGCUGCCUGGAUUUCAGCCUGGAGGAGCUGAAGGGGGAGCCGGGCUGGCGGCUGAACCGCAAGCCCAUCGAGUCCACCCUGGUGGCUUGUUUCAUGACUCUCGUCAUCAUCGUGUGGAGCGUGGCCGCCCUCAUCUGGCCGGUGCCCAUCAUCGCCGGCUUCCUGCCCAACGGCAUGGAGCAGCGGAGAAGCACCGCGGUGGCUGCGAGCGCCACCGCCGCUGGCAAAUAACCCCCCCUCCCCGCUCCGCUGGGGCCGCCCUCCUCCGUUUGCUGUGCGAUCUGCUCCCGAGACUGGGGCGGACGCUGGUGGACUCGCAUCCCCUCCCCGCGCGCUCUUUGUAAACGCUUCCCCCUGGGUUGGUGUGUGGGGGUGUGUGUGGAGCACUUUAAAGCCUUGCCCAGGUUUCUUGGUGUCCAGUGCAGGCGAGUGUGGCGGUUUGCGGAGCAUUGCUCCCUCCUCAGUAGUCAAAGGGAUUUUGUUUUCGUUUCGUGUGCCCAAGAUCCAUAGCAGAAAACGACCAAAUCCUGUGUAUUUGUUUUCUAUAUUUAAUAGCCGUUUUAAAUGGACGUUUUAGUAAAAAACAAAAACAAAAAAACACCCCCAAACAAACGAAAAACCCUGUUCAACUGCAGUUGUUUUUAGUCAGAGUAGCUAUUUGUAUAUGAACCAAUUUGUCUUAGCAGUUUUAUUUAUAUCAGAAGAAUCUUUUCUGGCAGGAUUUAAAACUGAUAUAUUGUUAUUGCUGAAACUGAACUUUAAUGAAACUUUUACAGUGUAUUUCCCAUUUCAGAUAAUGUGUAUUUAAUAUUGUAGUUCUGCGUUACUUGGCUUUUAAUACAGAGAUUUUCUUUCUGGAAGUCAUGCUUAGCCUUUUGUUGCUCUGUUUCUCCCAGAAUGGGAAAGAAGGGUUCUGCAAAAUUCCCAGCUCUCCUAAAUGAUCGUGAAGACCAUCAGUAGAAAUUAGGGUAUGUUACACCUGUUAUUAGAGGAAGUGGAUGGAUGGUCACCCCAAAACUUUUUCUACACAGUGUUUGCCCAUCUUUCAGAAUACAAAUAAUGGGAUCCUGUUCCCAUUGGAAUUAAUCUUCAAAACUUCCACUUAUUUCAGGAUAAGAAUAAAUGGUCUAGAUCCUCACCAGCAUAGCUCCAUUAACUUCUUUGGAGCUAUGCCCAUUUACACUUUCCUUAGGGUCUGUUGACUUCAACAGAGCUAGUCAAGUACAUACCAUCUGAGGAUCUGGCCCACUAUUUGUACUGUAUUGAAAACAGCUGGAAAACAAUUCUCUGUGACUCCAACAAAGUGUGUGCCUCAAAGCAAGCUCAAAUACACUUGCAGAAGGAAUUGUAAUAUAAUACUUCUUUGUUAUUAUCUUCAGUAUAUUUUGAUAUAUUAGUCUUAAAGGGUUAUGGUCAGGUUGUUUAGGCCCCAAAUUUAGGGGUUAGGUGAGGAAGAAAUUAUAAACCUAGAGUCAGAUUUUGAUUGGCACCCUGUGUAAAGGGAGAGACAUUUUAUAAGAAACCUCCUUUCUUGUGUCCCCUGUACAGCCACAACUGAUUUCUCUGAAAUUUCACAUGCCUGAAAACCUCAGUGUAAAUUAAGGAAUGAUUCUUUGAACUCUUUAGCUCUAUAAGGGACCAUAUCCUGUUUGCCUUACCCAAAUGAAUCAUCCAGCUGAAGUCAAUGAGACCAGUUGUGGGAAUAAAGUGAACAAGACCUGUGAUAA